GAGGAGCUGUUGCCUGUACCAGACUUUGCACAGGUGCUACCAUUGAACUGAACAUCUUAUUUCACAACACAUAUUCACCUUGACUAUUGCCUUCAGUUAGCCUUCAGAAUACAGUAUGUAUUGUAUUAAACUUUAACCUACCACUGCUAAUGCACACCUGUGAUGACUAAGGGCUCUUUCUCAGAUGGUGUCAUGGCUUGAUGGAGCCCCCUCAGUUCUGGAUGAGUGUUUGCAGUCAGCGACUCCCCCAGAGGAGAUGAAGGCUUUAAUUGAACAUCACAGAAAUCUUGGACACAUUGACGUAAAAGGUAAGGUUGGGUCAGUGGAUAAUUAUGACUGAUGAGUCAUGAUCUUUGCUACUGUAUCACUUUGCUUUGAUUGUUAGAAUUAUUAAUUCAUUAUUUGACUGUUUGUGGUAGCUAACCGGGUGAGAAGUUGCAGUUAUUUACUGAGCCUCUCAUUCUCUUUCUCUCAGACACUCGCUCUUUACCUAUGGACGACUGCAUCCUCUCUUCUCUGUCCCUCCCUCCAGUCACAAAACCGGUGACUACUGCUGACAAACACACUCAAAAACACUCUGAUCAUCCAAAUAAAGAAGAGAUUAUUGAAGUUCCCAUUGACCAAUCAAAUCUGGAGACUGGCAAGAGGAGGAUAUCUGAGAGAACAAAACAGAAGAGAAAUGAACAGAGGGACCGAAUCGAAAAGGAUGAAAUUAUGGAGGAGGGAACGCCAUUUUCAGCCAAUGAGAGUAGGAGAGGGCAGACACUGCCCUGGAAGAGGAAAAUGAGUGACAAUUCGGAGGUUCCCGGGAAACGGCAAGCAGAUUCACCUCUGUUUCAGUAAGAACUGAUAUUGAAGUUGCUCAUAUUGGUGUGUCUCCCAGCAUGCCUUUGAUGCCAUUGCGUUUCUUUUGUGGGGGUUUUAAAUCUGCUUUAUGUGAAUUUCUGUGUUCCUCCUUUACAGGGAUUCUCCAGUGAAUAUCGAAUCUUCUAGUGAAUCUCCUCUCAUCUCGAUAUGGGGAGAAUACACAGGUGUGGAAUUUCUGUUCAUUCUGAAUGAAAUGUAAAAUACAGUACAUGGUAAAAGAAAAUACAUGACAGUUUUACUUACCCUUUUGUGUCAAGAACCCCAAGGUGCUGCCUAUUCCAUGACGACUGACACCAAAGUCCCUUGGUCUGAUGAUGAGACUCUAAACCUGAUAGAAAUUUGGGGAAAAGACUCUGUGCAGCGAGUUCUGAAAGGCUGUGUCAAAAAUCGGCACGUAUUCACUCUCAUUUCCAAAAGUAUGUCUGAGAGAGGCUACAUGAGAACUGUAGAGCAGUGUCAGACCAGGAUCAAACGACUGAAGAACAGCUUUCGUCAGUCUCUCCAGCAGAAGUGAGUACAUUACAUAAGAACGUGCUAAGACAACAAAAAAUAAUUAUAUAUAUAUACACACACAGUGGGGAGAACAAGUAUUUGAUACACUGCCGAUUUUGCAGGUUUUCCUACUUACAAAGCAUGUAGAGGUCUGUAAUUUUUAUCAUAUGUACACUUAAACUGUGAGAGACGGAAUCUAAAACAAAAAUCCAGAAAAUCAUAUUGUAUGAUUUUUAAGUAAUUAAUUUGCAUUUUAUUGCAUGACAUAAGUAUUUGAUCACCUACCAACCAGUAAGAAUUCCGGCUCUCACAGACCUGUUAGUUUUUCUUUAAGAAGCCCUCCUGUUCUCCACUCAUUACCUGUAUUAACUGCACCUGUUUGAACUCGUUACCUGUAUAAAAGACACCUGUCCACACACUCAAUCAAACAGACUCCAACCUCUCCACAAUGGCCAAGACCAGAGAGCUGUGUAAGGAUAUCAGGGAUACAUUUGUAGACCUGCACAAUGCUGGGAUGGGCUACAGGACAAUAGGCAAGCAGCUUGGUGAGAAGGCAACAACUGUUGGCGCAAUUAUUAGAAAAUGGAAGAAGUUCAAGAUGACGGUCAAUCACCCUCGGUCUGGGGCUCCAUGCAAGAUCUCACCCCGUGGGGCAUCAAUGAUCAUGAGGAAGGUGAGGGAUCAGCCCAGAACUACACGGCAGGACCUGGUCAAUGACCUGAAGAGAGCUGGGACCACAGUCUCAAAGAAAACCAUUAGUAACACACUACGCCGUCAUGGAUUAAAAUCCUGCAGCGCACGCAAUGUCCCCCUACUCAAGCCAGCGCAUGUCCCGUCUGAAGUUUGCCAAUGACCAUCUGGAUGAUCCAGAGGAGGAAUGGGAGAAGGUCAUGUGGUCUGAUGAGACAAAAAUAUAGCUUUUUGGUCUAAACUCCACUCGUCGUGUUUGGAGGAAGAAGAAGGAUGAGUACAACCCCAAGAACACCAUCCCAACCGUGAAGCAUGGAGGUGGAAACAUCAUUCUUUGUGGAUGCUUUUCUGCAAAGGGGACAGGACGACUGCACCGUAUUGAGGGGAGGAUGGAUGGGGCCAUGUAUCGCGAGAUCUUGGCCAACAACCUCCUUCCCUCAGUAAGAGCAUUGAAGAUGGGUCGUGGCUGGGUCUUCCAGCAUGACAACGACCCGAAACACACAGCCAGGGUAACUAAGGAGUGGCUCCGUAAGAAGCAUCUCAAGGUCCUGGAGUGGCCUAGCCAGUCUCCAGACCUGAACCCAAUAGAAAAUCUUUGGAGGGAGCUGAAAGUCCGUAUUGCCCAGCGACAGCCCCGAAACCUGAAGGAUCUGGAGAAGGUCUGUAUGGAGGAGUGUGCCAAAAUCCCUGCUGCAGUGUGUGCAAACCUGGUCAAGACCUACAGGAAACGUAUGAUCUCUGUAAUUGCAAACAAAGGUUUCUGUACCAAAUAUUAAGUUCUGCUUUUCUGAUGUAUCAAAUACUUAUGUCAUGCAAUAAAAUGCAAAUUCAAUACUUAAAAAUCAUACAAUGUGAUUUUCUGGAUUUUUGUUUUAGAUUCCGUCUCGCACAGUUGAAGUGUACAUAUGAUAAAAAUUACAGACCUCUACAUGCUUUGUAAGUAGGAAAACCUGCAAAAUCGGCAGUGUAUCAAAUACUUAUUCUCCCCACUGUGUGUGUGUGUGUGUGUGUGUAUAUAUAUAUAUAUAAAUAAUUAUUCUUUUUUAUCUCUGGCACGUUAUGGACAUGGGGAAAAUAUCCCUGGAAUGUGCUUGUCUGUAUUCUCACACUGAAACCAUUCCCUAUAUACAGAGUGGAAUGCAAAUUUUAUGACCAGCUAGAGCGAAUACUUGGGAAUGUGUCCCCCUCAACAUUUCCUGAGGUCACCUAUGAUGUUGAAGAGGUGACAGAUGACCAGCUAGAAGACACUGAAGAUUGGGAGUUCCCUGGCCACUCUGGUCUAGAAGAGAUUGGUAUGGUCCUAUUGUGCCUGUCUUGGUAAAUCGCAUAAUAUUGGCUCUUGGGAAAGGGACUAAUGUGUGUUUGCAUGCAGCAUGUUGCCCAACAUCUUACAAAGAGGUCAAACUGCUAGAAUGUUAAUACAGCUGACUUAACAUUUGGAAUGUGCAUUGUGAUUCAACAAAAUCAAUCAAAUGGCCCUGUGUAGCUCAGUUGGUAGAGCAUGGCGCUUGCAACGCCAGGGUUGUGGGUUCGUUUCCCACGGGCCAGUAUGAAAACGUAUGCACUCACUAACUGUAAGUCGCUCUGGAUAAGAGCGUCUGCUAAAUGACUAAAAUGUUAAAUGUAAAUGAUUAAUAGUCAGUGAUCACUGCUCUUGUGUUUGUCUCUAUUUCCACGGAAGGAACCAGAAGUGUUCCCUGGACAGACUUGGAGACCCUCACCCUAAUCAACAUAUGGGGAGAGGACAAAAUGCAGAGGGAAUUGAGGGGUAUGCAUAGAAAUGGUCACCUUUUUGCUGUGAUAUCCCAAAAGAUGUCUGCCCAGGGCUUUAUUCGGACUGCAGAGCAGUGCCAGACGAGGGUGAAAAGACUGAAACGGAGUUUCCGACAGUGCUACGAGAACAAGUAUGUCAAUUAUAGUUGAACAAUCAUUUGCUUUGUGCAUUGGGAGUUCCACAGGGAUCUAUGCUCGGGCCUUUAUAUUCUUCUUUGAUAUCCUGUCAUGGCUUACAUUUUGUCUAUUUGAGCCAGAAAAGUGCUUUGUUUUCUUUCCCCAAACGCAGCAUGAAAGGAAGAGAGCAAGUAGAAUGCAAGUUCUAUGACCUACUGGAGAGAAUACUGGGGAAUGAGCUUCCCUCAUACGUGGAGGUGUCAGAAAACUGUCUUGACAUGGAGUCUAGAGAAGGAUGGUCAGCAGACAACGAGUGCUCUGUUUACUCUUUCCAGGAGAGAGGUAUGGUCACAUUCUCUCUACUGGUUAACCAGUACCUCUUUCACUAGUAAAAUAUAAUAGGAUGAACUUGAGCACUCCUGUAUGGGUAUGGAAGGAUGGGGAAGAAACUCGACCUAGCAUAUCUGACUCAUUCUUUGAUAUCUGUGAGGAGGAGUCAACAAGGGUUUAGGGAUAAGGGUGAGUGGAUGGUUUGGGAUUGGGACAAUCUUUCUCACACACUCUUUCCCUUUGACUCUGAUCCAUCCAGAGGCUGCUGUGGGCGUGCCAGAAGACAGGAAGAAGGUCCCCUGGGCGGACGGCGAGACGGUGAUCCUCCUGGAGCUCUGGGGAGAUGACACUGUGCAGCAGAACCUGAAGCGCUGCCCGCACAACGGUCACAUAUACUCAGAGAUUUCGGAAAAGCUCAACUUCCGUGGCUUUUACAGAACUGCAGAGCAGUGCCACACCAGGAUAAAGCGCUUGAAAGCCAGCUAUCGGCAGUGUCAGGAAACCAUCAGGUAACCAUUGCCUUUCAGCUUCUAUUAUUGAUACAUUUGUCAUUUUGCUAAUGUGAAUUGGAUUACAGAUAGAUUCUAAUUUUGCAAUCUCUCUCUUCCUGUGUUGUUCCUAGUUCAUCUGGGUCUGAGCAGGUUGAUUUUAAGUUCUACGAUAUUUUGGAACUAAUACUUGAAAGGCAGCCUCCCUCCACCAGCACAGUGGUGACAGACUUGACCAAUGACAUAUCAGAGGAAUCAAACAGUGACUCACUUCAAGGUAAAAGUUCAGCUCAUUUCAAACUAUGCAAACCUUCUAAUGACACCCUGCAUGGGUAUAUCAUAUUUAGUUACUGGUUCUACUGUAGGUGCCGUCUCCUCAACACAAGUACCUUUUCCAAGUCUAAACGGGGAAACUUUUAUGUUAUUGGGCUGUUUUGUAUUUAGAGUCUACAGAAGCAGACAACAACAUCACUUCUGAGAGGACCACACCAGGCUCAUGGUCGGAUCCUGAGACCCUAGCCCUUAUUGACAUCUGGGGGGAGGAUGAGGUUCAGAGGGUGCUGAGAGACUUUGUCCACAACGGCCCCUGUCUACAUGGACAUAUCAGAAAAGAUGCAUGACCAAGGGUACUCCAAGACCCCAGAGCAGUGUCGUUGGAAAGUCAAGUCCAUGAGGAACAACUUCCGUCAGUGCUACGACAGGAAAAAGUAUGUUUGUACCCAACAGGUUUAAAUUUGACACUUUCUGAUGUUUGAUACUAAUUUACAGAAACAUAAGCGUACUCUAAUCUAACCCAUAGCCAGAAUACUGCAUCCCAAAACAUUUUCGACCCACAUUUUUUUCAUUUCAAAAUGGCUUCCUUUUCUGUCUGCUAUUCUCAGAUGUGGAAGAAAGGGAGUGGAAUACAAGUUCUACAAUCAGUUGGAGCGAAUACUUGGGCAUGAAGCGGUCUCCAUUGAUGAGUACGAUGAAAGAGACGAUCAAACAGUAGACCAGGACACAGGUACAGUGAUCUUACAGACGGUUAUAUGUUUACACUGUAGACUCAGUCAAUCCAAUCAGCAGGGCGGUACCUACGAUCUGGAGGUUUCCAAUGUAAUGUCUCCCGGAGCAGGUGCUGAUGAGAUGAGAUACACCCCGUGGUCGGAGCCAGAGACGCUGGCCCUCAUUGAGCUGUGGGGGAACGAGGAGGUCCAGACAAGCCUCCGAGGUUGCGUCCGCAACGGGCACAUUUUCGCCGACAUAGCGGAGAAGCUGGCCACCAUGGGGCACUUCAAAACGGCUGAGCAGUGCCACUCGAGGGUUAAGCGGCUGAGGAAAACCUACCGACGGUGUCUCCACAGCAGGAAGUAAGUGGAAAGCACAGAUAAUUUGUGGGUAAGGUGAGUCUUGGUGUCUAAAUUGGAACCUGUUGCAAAUUAACCCUUCAUCUCCCACUGUUCUCCACCUCCCUCUACCUCUGAUCGUACCUACAGAGUCGGAGGGGAGCCCUUACUUUUCAGAUACUUCAGGUUCCUGGAGCCGGUGCUAGGCAACGACACUCUCUCCCCCGAUGCAGAGAUUGUUGAUUUGUGUGAUGACUUCAAUCCAGAUCCCACUGAGGAAGCAGAUCAGGAAACAUGUAUGGUGCCUCCUCAUCAUCCUUACCCUCUAAGUCUAAUGUAAUUAGGGCCCUGUGUUUUUCCUGUGUCAGUGCCAACAGUUGUUUGUCCUGGUCAGGUCAAAUCAGGACCCUAGUCAUAAUCAAUCUUCUAAAAAUGUACUUAGUAGCCACCUAAAGCCUCCCAAAAACAGAUAUAUCUUUUAAGGCCAGGGCUCAGCCAGUUACGCUGUGACAGAGUCCAGCAGAAAGAUGCCCUGGUCCGAUUGGGAGACCCAGGCUCUGCUGGGGGUCUGGGGCGAGGACCACGUGCAGCUCUCCCUACGCGGCUGCUUGAAGAACAGACACGUGUUUGAGUACAUCUCACGGAGGAUGAUGGCCCAGGGGUUCAUAAGGACGGCUGAGCAGUGCCACACACGCAUCAAACGACUCAAGGCCAGCUUCCACCAUGACAAGUGAGUGCAAAGGAUUUAUAACUACUAUUUUAUGUCUAGUUAUUCACUUUAUAAAUUACACUACAACAUCGGAAAUCAAUGAUUUACUCAAUUUCAUCUCAUUAAUAAACCAUGUAAUUGCGGUCUUGUUUUUAUCACUGGUAUUGUUACAUAGUACAUAUGGUCAGAGGAUAUGAUGAUCCAAUUCCCUCUGAACCAUAUGUCUAAUCUUUUGUUUCCCCAGAAGGGAGUGUAAGUUCUACGAUCAGAUGGAGGAGAUUUUAUCGAGGGAGCUCAACUUCGACAGUCUGGCCGAAGAUUCGUUAGACAAUGAGGAAGCUGCUGUCUGCGAGUCUACACUUGAGGUUGACCAAAGGAAAGGUAAAGCAAAGCCAUACCAUACCUUGAAACGUUCUAUGAGUUGUCUUAUUUCAACUGACCUAAACCCCUUUCCACUGUAAAUAAUGUGUUCAUUGGGUGUCUUUGUCUUCAGCUAGCCGUCCUCCAACUGACGGCUCCAAGUUCCCCUGGAGCGACAGUGAGACCCAGGUCCUCCUCAGUUUCUGGGGGAGUGAUGAGGUCCAGGAGGAUCUAAAGGGCUGCACCAAAAACAGACACAUUUUCACCGAGAUCUCUCAGGCCAUGGCCAACCAGGGCUACCUGAGGACAGCCGAACAGUGCCAGUCUAGAGUGAAGCGGCUAAAGGCCAACUUCCGCCAGUUCUGCGAGAGCAAACAGUAAGCCAUGGGGGAUAAGAUAUGGAUAUGAAGUUGAUAACCACUAUUUAUAAUUGCAAAUUGAUUAUGAAGACGCCAUACUGAUGGAACAGUUUUGUAUUCAUGGUCAGAGGUUUGCCAUGCUCAUGUUAGCACAGCAAAGCUCAUAAAUUAACCAGAUAUGAAGAAUAAGCAUGUUCUAUUUUCCCAGGAGUGGAGGAGAAAAUGUGGAGUGCAAAUUCUACGAUCAGUUUGUGCAAAUAUUCAGGAACAAGCAUCUAUCCUGUGACUCUCUGGCUGAGGAAUCGAAUGGCGCCACAGACAUGGGAGAGGUCCCAGGUAGCCAAGUCCACGGAACAGGUAACUGAAACAAUCUCCUAAUCUCUGUACAGUAAAUGCUGUUUUUACGUUAUACUAUCAACGUUGGGCCUUUGUUUAUGUGUUGUUGUUUUUUGGCUCUCCAGAAUCAGGCAGCUAUCCAUCACCAUGGGAACUAGAUCACCCCUGGAGCAUUGAGGAGACUGAAGCCCUCCUCGACAUAUGGGGCAGUGACAGAAUCCAAGAGGACCUGAGGGGAAACACUGAACUGGAACACAUUUAUGCAGAGAUCUCCCAAAUGAUGGCUGACCAGGGCUUCAUGAAAACAGCAGAGCAGUGCCAGACAAGGGCGACGCAACUGAACCUGAGUAUUAUUCCAAUCUGACAAUGAGGAAGGAUUUGGGAUCAUCUGAAGACAGUUUUGUAGCGCCACAGGAAAGCUACAAUGACCUCUGGAAAAGGUGUAUAAACAGCUACAAUGACCUGUGUCUCUCCUAUCUCCUGUGUUGUUUUCAGAGAGGUUCUGUAUUCUAUCAAAGAGGCGCUGUUGCUUUGUUGGAUAUUGCUGAAGAGACUCAACAUCCAUCCCAUUCAUUCUGUUGGAAAUCAGACACAUGUAUUUAACCUUUGUAUAGGUGCUUAAAUCUACGUGUAAUGGACUAUCUGAAUGUUUUUUUGUCAUGUAUUUCACUAAGUGCACAUGUGAAACCCCUGAAACUUAUCCAGAACGCUGCAACCCGUCUGGUGUUCAACCUUCCCAAGUUCUCUCACGUCACCCCGCUCCUCCGCACACUCCACUGGCUUCCAGUUGAAGCUUGCAUCUACUACAAGACCAUGGUGCUUGCCUACGGAGCUGUCAGGAGAACGGCACCUCCUUACCUUCAGGCUUUGAUCAGACCCUACACCCAAACGAGGGCACUACGUUCAUCCACCUCUGGCCUGCUAGCCCCCCUACCUCUACAGAAGCACAGUUCCCGCUCAGCCCAGUCAAAGCUAUUUGCUGCUCUGGCACCCCAAUGGUGGAACAAGCUCCCCCACGACGCCAGGACAGCGGAGUCACUGACCACCUUCCGGAGACACUUGAAACCCUACCUCUUUAAGGAAUACCUGGAAUAGUAUAAUAGUAAUCCUUCUACCCCCCCCUUUACUACCACUGUCUUUUGUCUAAACUAACACCUGACUUAUUUCACCUGCUAGCACUGACUUGUUUAAAGAAAUGUACUUAUUGUGAUCGAGAUGUAGUUGUCCCUGAUUGCACUGACUUUGCUCACAGCUGCUUGUUUGAAGAAGUGUACUUACUGUGAUCAAGAUGUGGUUGUCCCACUGGCUAUCCUAAGUUGAAUGCACCAAUUUGUAAGUCGCUCUGGAUAAGAGCGUCUGCUAAAUGACUUAAAUGUAAAUGUGUUGUGAUAAAGGGACCUAUUCAAUGAACUUAACGAAACCUUUUAAAGGGAUUUGCUUGAGUGAAUCCUCUAACGAGAAUUGGUCAAAACCACAUGACAUUCUGAACACUUGAUUUUGCAUUAUGAUUUGCCAAACAAAAGGCUUGCUAUUAUGUACAUAUUUGUGUAUUUUAUGUACAUUUGUGUUUUAGUAAACUCACUGUGUGUUUAGGGCUAUUUUCAAGUGAACUAAUUUAGAUAAAAUUCCUUUGAGUGGAGUUUGAUUACCUGACUGUUUGGGUACUUAAGUGUCAAUACUGUAUCAUCUCUGUUACUGUCUAUCUAGGUUAACUGAAACGCUGAGGUUUCUGUUGUUACCAGCUUUAACCACUGGGGGGAGCAUGAGACCAAAUCCUAUUUUUAACCUCAACAGAUUGUCUGGAGCGGAGCCCCACAGUAAGUAGCCACUAGAAUUCUGGAAGCACAGGCAUCUACUUUUUGCUUACUCAUACAUUAUUUUUAGAUAACAUGGUGAGAGAGCCCUUGCAUCAAAUCCUUUUCUCAGUAUUGAUGGUGUUGGUUGUUCCUCGGAAGACCAUUUGCAUAGAGAGGAUACUUUGCAUUGGCGGUGCAUGCUUCAGUGCUCUGGGAGUGUUUAUAUCCCUGUGAGUUGAACACUUCAUGACAACAGAACCAACAACAACCAUUACUUUUAUCACCAUCUUCAUCUGG